CUUCCGGGAGUUUUAGCAGCCCGGAUGUGAUGUAGAAACUACUCUUACUUCUCGGAAGCUGAUACGCCUAGGAACUGCAGUAAAGUAAUUACUUGAAAGCAUUCAAGUCGAAGGAGUUUGCUUAGGUUAACCAAAUGGCUUAUCCAGGAUACGGCGGGUAUGGUGGUCCAAUGCCAGGGAUGCCACCCCAAGGAAUGUCAGGAGGACCCAUGGGGGGCCCCAUGCCUGGACACAUGGGCGGACACAUGGGAGGGGCCAUGGGUGGUCAGAUGGUAGGUCCAAUGGGAGGCCCAAUGGGAGGCCCACAGCCUCAGGGAGGAUAUGGCUCCUAUGGAGGAGGCUACCCAGGUGGAUUUGGUGCCCCGCCCCCAGCUGCCAAUGAUCCAAUGUGGGGUUACUUCACAGCUAUAGCUGGACAGGAUGGAGAGGUUGAUGCAGAGGAGCUGCAGAGAUGCUUGUCUCAGGCAGGUUUCACAGGCAGCUACAACCCAUUUAGCCUGGAGACGUGCAGGAUCAUGAUUGCAAUGCUUGAUCGGGACUAUACAGGCAAGAUGGGUUUCAAUGAGUUCAAGGACCUGUUCAAGGCUCUCAGUGGCUGGAAGCAGAACUUCAUGAUGUUUGACCAGGACCGCAGUGGAACAGUGGAACCUCAUGAGAUGUCCCAGGCCAUCAACGCUAUGGGUUACCACAUCAGUCCUCAGGCCCUGAAUGCAAUCAUAAAGCGCUACAACAAAGGGGGCAGAAUCUACUUUGAUGACUACGUGGCCUGCUGUGUUAAACUGCGAGCUCUAACAGACAACUUCAGACGAAGAGAUACCAUGCAGCAGGGGUCGGUCACCUUCCAAUAUGAUGAUUUUAUUCUGUGCACAAUGGCCAUCUAAGCACUGCCACCUGCCCCACACCAAGAGGUCAGAGAGUUCAGGCUGGUCAGGUCAGUGCCUCACAGGAAUGCAAAUGGAGGCCAGUAUAUUACACGGCAGGAGAUGACUCUGUAACGCUUCGUAUUUAUAAUACACAGAGGCAGCAUUUUUCACAUUUGGUGGGAAUUAUUGGACAUUUCAGUAAAAAAUUACUUUAAGACCUAAAUAUCUGAAUUAUUUGGAAACUGGUGUAAUCUAAUAACCUACCUGUACUUUUGGAAGACUUGCAUUGAUAAUACAUUAAGAAUGUUCUUAUACCUGUUGUGCCAUUAUAAUCUGAAUAUAUGCUGAAAUAUAUUUAGAUUGUUUUUUUUAUAUUCAGUUGAACGUUAUGAAAAAUGUGGUAGAACUCUUAACUAGUGAUUUAAAUUAAAAAUUUCCUGUUUUUAUGAAAAUAGACAUUAGCUCUUUGGUGUCAAUUAUGAACUUUCCCUAUAUGUGCUAGUGCCUAAAAUAGUGUGAGCCAAACACUCCCCAUUCUGUAAGCAAAUCAUGUUUUUGUUCAAAUAAACACAUUUCAAUCAA